AUGGAGGGCAACUCGUCUCAAUAUGCUAUCGAACCUAUGGGCCACAAGACCUUGUCCAGCUCAAAGCAGUCGACAGAAUUGCUUCCCAAUCCUACCACCAUCAAUAUCGUGGAUAGCGAUACAGCGGCUAUAGAGAGUUUACACACGCCGAAAGGUCUGGACCGGGAGGCGUUCAGCCCGUUGACUGCUUUCGGUCUUGCGUUCUCCGUUAUCAACAGUUGGGUCGUCCUUGUGGUCGGCUUGGGCUCUGGACUAGUCUCAGGAGGUCCAAGUGCAUUGGUUUGGGGUUUCGUCUACGCAUCUAUUUGUAAUAUGGCGACAGUCUUGUCACAUGGAGAGAUCUUCGCAGUAUACCCCUCCGCCGCCGGGCAAUAUCACUGGGCUGCCAUCCUAUCCCCGCCCAGGUGGAGGAACUCGAUCAGUUGGGUCACUGGAAUGCUAAAUGUGAUUGGUCUUUGGCUCGGUGCAGCUACCGCAGGGUAUCUGGCUACUACUCUGCUUAUCGCAGCCAUUACCGUGAACAGCCCAGACUCUGCGUUCACCCCUGGUCAGCAGUAUGGGUUCUUCACGGCCAUCGUGCUUUUCGGCCCAUCCGUGACCCUGUGUCUAGGGACAAGGGGGAACCGACUGCUCGAUCAAGGUCUGAUGGUGGCAUCGACGCUGUGUGUUAUCGCUAUUGUGAUCUCUUUGCCAGUGAAGGCAAGCUCAAAAGCACCAGCAUCUUUCGUAUUUGGCGGUCUCGAAAAUCUGACCGGGUGGAACUCGAUGGUAAUUGCUUGGCUUCUAGGCUUGUUACAAUCGGCUUUCGCGUAUCUCGGAUUCGACGUGAUUUAUCACAUCUCGGAAGAAAUGCCCAAUCCAAGAAGAGAUGGUCCAAGAGCUGUGACGUGGACAAUCGUCGUGAGCGCGUUGUCGGGAAUGGCAGUGCUAUUAGCAAUGUUGUUCUGCAUCACCGAUGUAGAUCAUGUCAUGUCGACGCCCUACGUUCUUCCCUUCGCGCAGAUAUGUUUGGAUACCACGAAAUCAAAAGCAGCUGCCACAAUUUUUCUGCUCAUACCAUCAAUCCUUUUCAUGAACUCGGUCAGAGGUAUCACCUUGACUGGAUCUCGUGUAUUGAUGGCUUUAGGUCGAGACAAGGUAUUACCCUACACUGAUCUGUGGUCCAUCACCUUCCGAGGCGAGCCUAUCUACGGUCUUGGUCUGUGUGUCUUCGUGCCAUUGAUUUGCGGACUCAUCCAGCUUGGGUCCACAUCUACGUUCAACUCUCUCACUGGAGCCGCGACCAUUGUCUUCGAAAUAUCUUAUGCCAUACCGGCAGCCUUGAUGCUACUGGGUGGUCGCCGCAAACUUAACUUAGCGGCUCCAGGUCGGACCUCCAACCUUGGAAAGUGGGGCGUCCCUUGUAACCUGAUCGCAGUCUUCUUUGUGCUGCAAUCUUGUGUGAUCUAUUGUUUUCCAGCAACCAUGCCAGUGACAGCAGCUAGUAUGAGCUAUGUGGUGGUUUUCGUGGGAAGCUUUGCUGUGAUCCUGGCCGUAUUAUGGUCAACUUGGGCGAAUAAACGGUAUCAGGCGCCUACCGAAUCCAUGAUCGUCUCUUUGACCGAUGGUACGGAUAGCCCUCUUAAUGGCGUGGUCGUGAAUGAUCAGACCUAG